CUCCUCGCCGGUAGGUGGCAGAAGCUUCCGCCCGGCGCACGUCAUUUCCGGCGGCACACAGUCAACAUGGCGGAGAAGCAACGUGGGAAAACGGCGGCUUCGUCAAAGACGGCGGAUAAACGCGAAGACCACGAGGGGAACGUGAGUCUGUUUCUGGAGUCCAGUGACGACGAGGCCCCGGAAGAGCUGACGUUCGAGGAGUCGAAGCUCGAGGCGCUGCGCUGCGUGAAGGACGCGCUGGACUCCGCCAGGAGGGACAAAGAGAUGCUCAAAGAGAAGAGGCGGAGGAGACAGGAGCUGUUCCAGGAACAGAAGAAGCGAAGACUCUUACCGGCUGACGUGUUGGAGGAGAUCGACUCCUCGACUUCGAAGAAUCAGAAACCGUCUGAACACGAAGGUGAAGAGCAGCAGGAGGAAAAGCAACAGAAGAAGCAAAAGAAGAAGAGUGGGAAGUUAGCGCAUAUACGAAAUCUGAAGGGAAACUACAAGGUGGCGACCGUGAAGGAGCCGGCGUCGGCGACCUUUCAGCAGCAGGCGGCCGAGGCUUUCAUCCAGUCCAGGCUGUACGGACCAGGCAGCUGCAGGACCACAAAUAACGAGCUGCUCUCCCUCCAGAACAAGAAGGGGAGGAAUAAAAGUGCAGCCGUGCAGUUUGUAAAGAAAGACUGGGCCUCUAAAGAACGAGCCAAAGCAGAGAAGCUGAAGAAGAGGUGGCUCCACAAGCAGCAGAUUCCCUCCUGCUGACCGCCGGCUCCAGAACCCCCAGCGCUCAGACCUUCUCUGCACCAGCUGCUCGUGGAUUCAAAGGGGACACGGGACAUGGCUGAAGUCACAGGAAACCAAGGGAAGGACGUGGUUUAAAGUCCUGCUGGGAUGCAGGAUGGACUUAAUGUGGAGACAGUAGCAGGACAAUGUGCAGCUGAAUGAGGGGGGGGCAGAUUACACCAAAACAAAAGUCCUGUGACAGACUGAGAAUCAGAGCCAAUUAACCCAUAAACCCUGAGGCUCUAACCUGUGUUUAUAAACUGAAGUUUCUUAAAGAGCAGAAGAAACUGUAAUUUGUAUCUGUGAUGAUGAAAGACUUGUAUUCAGAACAUUAGUUGUUCUCUUUGCUUCCAUUUUAAUCGCUGUAUGAAUAAAUGCUUGUAUCAGUA